UGAGUUGGUGACACUGAUGUGUGACUGAUGAUCAGCUGAUGAUUGUCGAUAAAGUAGAUUCCUAGACAUCUGCCUAACCUAUAAUCUAAGAAAUAGAUGAAAUCAUUAUAAUUUAUAAAUAAGAAUUUCUAGAACAAAAUGCGGCUAACACAGUUCCUUCUUUCGAAAGUCGGCAAAUAUUCGAAGGAUUUUUCAAAUUUGCCCGAUCGUUACAUAAAACGUGCGAUGGAACAAGUAGAAUGGAGGAACCCCAGAGGCAUUCAGUACAAACCAAAUGCAGUCAUUAAACGUGCCAAAUACAAAUUUGGCAUGCAUCGACCAUGGACAGGUCAAUUUCGAGAAGAAAACGCACCAGGAGUUUUCCACGACAAAAUUUUUGUUGAACCUAUCAGAAAAUGGAGUUUUUUUAGAGGAGACCGGGUUGAAAUUCUGGUUGGUAAAGACAAAGGAAAACAGGGCAUUGUUAAACAAAUUAUUCAAGAGCGUAAUUGGGUAACGGUAGAAGGUUUAAAUUGCGUUAUGGAGAAAAUUGGGGAGCGAAAAGGUUUUGCGGGAGCCUACGUACAAGUAGAAAAGCCUCUUUUGGUAACUGAACAAGUGGCACUUGUUGAUCCUUCUGAUUUGCAAGCGACCCCAUUUGAGUGGAGGUUUACAGAAGAUGGAGAAGAAGUGAGGGUGUCCACAAGGACUGGUAGGAUAAUUCCUGUUCCUGCCACAGCGGAAGAAACCAUAGAUUAUAAAACCAAGGGGACGUAUAAGGAGACGCCUAAAGACACCACUGCGGAUGACGUAACGAAAAUAACGUUUGAACCAAAAUUGCAAACGUUCGAAAUGGAUAUUAUGAACAGCAUGGGAAUUAAAGAAGAGAGAGUACCUCCAAAAUAUUACUGGUAUUGAUUGUGAAUUUGUAACAUACAUAAAUUAAAAAUAAUAAAUACACAAUAAAUUGUCA